UUAACUGAUACGGAAGGAAUAAAAGUAAAAUCAAACAAAUAAAUCCGGCGUUUGCUAAAGGAGAUCCAGGAUCUCCAACACCCAAAUCCAAAUGGUAGCCUUAACGGGACCUGGGAUCCUAGCAUCUUGCGAACAAAUUUCCGACACGUGCUUGGAAAAGCCUACAGUAAAACCACAUCCAGAAUUGUCUUCAUUCGUCGCACAGAAAACGAGAGAGAGAGAAAGGGGAAAAACAAUAAUAAUAACAAUGAGGAAUCUUCAAAAUCGACCUCUAAUCUCUGUUCUUACCUCCUUAAUUUCCCAGAUUCUCCUCUUUCUUCUCCUCCUCCUCCCUUCCAAUCCCUUCUCCCUCACCACUCCCAAUCCCAAUCCCAAUUCCGCCGCCGCCCUGCCUCUUCUUCUCAACCACUUCCUCUCCACCGCCGCCGCGCUCUCCUUCCUCCGACGGAAACGCCGGCGGGAUCCGCCGGGCAAUGGCGGAGCCGCCGCGAAACGCUCCCGGCUGGAGGCGGUAGUCCCGAGAGCUCCCGACUCCUUCCGCCAGUUUUUCAGGAUGAAGGCCUCCACCUUCGAGUGGCUCUGCGGCCUGCUCGAACCGCUUCUCGAGUGCCGCGACCCGGUCGAGUCGCCGCUCGAUUUGCCGGCCGAGAUUCGACUCGGAAUCGGGCUGUUCCGGCUCGCCACCGGCGCCGAUUACCCGGAGAUAACCGGCCGGUUCGGAGUCUCCGAGCAUGACUCAAGAUUCUGCGUCAAACACCUCUGCCGCGUGCUCUGCACCAACUACCGGUUUUGGGUAGGGUUCCCGGGUCAGGCCGAGUUGGACUCGGUCUCGGCUCGGAUCGAAACCCUAGCCGGAAUCCCUAAUUGCUGCGGAUUCAUCGCCUGCGCGCGCUUCGAUUUCGACGGCGGCGACUCCGACCGAAUCGCCGCCGCCGCCGUCGUCCGCCGCACCGUCGCCGCGCAGAUUGUGGUGGAUCCGUCGUCGCAAAUCGCGAGCAUCGCCGCCGGAUUUCACGGCGGCAAGCCCGAUUCGCAGAUCCUAAAGUCGUCGUCUCUGUUCGCCGACGUAUCGGAAAGCGUUCUCCUGAAUUCGCCGGAGAAAAUUGAAUUGAACGGCGUUUCAAUACCUCAGUAUCUUCUCGGUAGCGCCUCGUACCCUCUCCUCCCAUGGCUGAUCGUUCCGUUCGCCGACCCCAAACCUGACUCGCCGGAGCAGAAUUUCAACCGCCUGCAUCGAUCGCUUGGCGUUUCGUGGGCGAAGGCUGUGGCGAGUUUGAGGAAUUGGGGAAUUCUAAACGGCGGAGUGAGGAUUGAGUAUAAGAGCGCAGUUGCUUGCAUCGGUGCCUGUUCUAUUCUGCACAAUAUGUUGAUAACAAGGGAGGAUUACUCUGCUUUUUCUGAUCGGUUCGUUGACGACGACGAGGACGGCGGUCGGAGUUUCGUUGAGGAAUCGGUGGAAUCGACGGCCGCCGGAGCGGAGGUAAGAAAGGCUUUGGCCAUGGCGGCUAAACGAGGGUGAGUUGCGGCAUUUGAAGAUUAUUAGCAAUUUUGUGCUGUACAUAUAAAAUUGAAUUGAUGAAGACGAGAGAUCAAUAUUGCGAAGGAUGCACAGAUGAUUGGUUUUUGUUAUGGAAUAAGUAGUGGUACAUUACAUAAGGCAGAUUUGUGGAUCGAUUGGUUGUUGUAACAAAAAUAUACUGUCAUUCAUUUUUAUUUGGAAGAAAUUCUUUUCCUUUCUUAUAAAA